AGGCGGUGAAGCAGUUCUUUGGGCGUGAUCUGUUCCGUGGUGUGAACCCCGACGAGGCCGUUGCGCUCGGCGCGGCAACGCUCGGCGGUGUGCUCCGCGGCGACGUGAAGGGUCUCGUGCUCCUGGACGUGACGCCGCUGUCGCUUGGCAUCGAGACGCUGGGCGGUGUCUUCACGCGCAUGAUCCCGAAGAACACGACGAUCCCGACCAAGAAGAGCCAGACCUUCUCGACCGCGGCGGACAACCAGACGCAGGUGGGCAUCAAGGUAUUCCAGGGUGAGCGUGAGAUGGCGGCCGACAACCAGAUGAUGGGCCAGUUCGACCUGGUGGGCAUCCCGCCGGCGCCGCGCGGCGUGCCGCAGAUCGAGGUGACGUUUGACAUUGACGCCAACGGCAUCUGUCACGUGACGGCGAAGGACAAGGCGACCGGGAAGACGCAGAACAUCACCAUCACGGCGAGCGGCGGCCUGAGCAAGGAACAGAUUGAGCGGAUGAUCCGUGACUCCGAGUCGCACGCGGAGUCGGACCGCCUGAAGCGCGAGUUGGUGGAGGUGCGCAACAAUGCCGAGACGCAGGCGAACACGGCGGAGCGCCAGCUGACGGAGUGGAAGUACGUGAGCGAUGCCGAGAAGGAGAAUGUGCGCACGCUGCUCGCGGAGCUCCGCAAGUCCAUGGAGAACCCCAACGUGACGAAGGACGAGCUUUCGGCGGCAACGGACAAGUUGCAGAAGGCGGUUAUGGAAUGCGGCCGCACGGAAUACCAGCAGGCCGCCGCGGCGAACAGCAGCAGCUCCAGCGGCAACACUGACAGCAGUCAGGGCGAACAACAGCAGCAGGGUGAUCAGCAGAAGCAGUAA